CGGAGCUCUUGGCUUGCAGACCUGCUUUUCUUGGCAUUUUCACGACGGCAGGGCCGCGUGAAGUGUCUGUGAGCUGCACAAAGGCCUGCGGUGAUGACAUCGAUCAAACACCCAUGCCGCCGUCAUCUGUCUGUAGUGACACCCUUCGGACGGAUUGAGGUGCGAGAGGGGACGCAGGAGGGUCUGAUGGCAUCAGCACUGAUAGCCUGUGUGCUUUCUGCAUGUUUGUGGCAGAUUCGGUGCUUUCCGGUGUCGUUGCGCUGUUGAGCGAAAGAGGAGGACAGCACUCCAUCGUAGGCAUCGGAGACCAUCAUGGGCUGCAGUGCAGCCAAGGUACGGGAAGCGAAAACAAGCCGCUCGGAUGUUGACAGAUCGAUGAGGCGCCACACCUAUGGACUCACUCAUUUGAUGUCCGUGAUGUGUCUGUCGCGGGUGUGCAGAUGUCGGGUGCUGCUGCUGGUGAAGGAGGUGGUGGUGGUGGAUCUACGGCUAGCGAGCCAUCUUCGUCGGCUGCGUCUGCCGCUAACUGUAACCAACACUUUCGCUGCAGAAAGGCACCACAAUGCCGGCACACCUCUGUAUCUGUGUGGCGUUUUGCAGGCGCGGUCAGCGCAUCGUCGGCGAACCAGCACCAGCAGCAGCAGCAGCACAUUAAUGCCGCUGACGUGCCGCAAGAUGUCGCACCGACGGUUGCCGAGUACGUCGGGAGCUACUCACAGCUGGAGGCGCUCAUCGACGCCCACCCCACACAAUUCACCGCCGCCCUCCUGCUGCCCAUCCUCACCGAACUGCUGCCCCUCGUGGUGGCCUCGAUCUUUGGCGCUUUGGUGGAGGUGCCCAUCCCUCAGCUGACCCAGAGUGUGUCCAUCAUUGUGGCCAUCACACGUUGGCUCUUCAUCCUCGAGGGGGGCGGCAACUGGGCCAGAUGGAAGCCUCACCUGGAGAUGCUGUACUUGCUGAGGGGCAAUAGGCCUGUGGUGCUGGGUGACGACAACUUCGGCGUGUUUGGCAGCCGGGCGGCCUUCAUCGGCGAGGCAGAGGCGGUGCGGCAGUGGAAGAUACUCAGCUGGGGGGUCAUUGUCAGUUUUCGAAACCAGCUACAGCUGAUGAACGGCAACACCAUCCUUCGCUUUCACAUUUGCCCUUACACCCCCACCCUCUUUGCCAGCCCCGUCUUCCCUCACGUACCAUUCGACCCCACCGACCCGCCCACUAAGCUGAGCGGCUUGACGUACCCCAACUACACAUCAAUGGUGGCAUUCGUCUUGUUCGGCUGGCUCUAUUACGACAGCGACUUCCCUUGCAUCAGGUCCUGGGUGUCUUGGCGUCGUGCCUCUGCUGCACGCCGGCGUGUCGUUGCAGUGCUGGCGGCCUCUCCCAGCGAUGAGGCACAGUGGGGGGCGGGGGCGGCCGUGUUCGACAAGCGGCUCCCGGACGUGGACGGGGUGGUACGACAUCAUCGGCUAGUGGUGCUGGGCAGUGAGGCGGUGGGAAAGGGACGCCUGGCACUUAUUUGGCUGAGCGAUCACAAAUUUCCCUCUGAUGUGUCCGUGUACACGACCGAGUGGUUCCCCCACGACAAGACGCGCAAUGCCGUGAUGAGAAUGCUUGGGGAUCAGCUGGGGGGAAAGAUGUGGCGGAAGGAGGAUGAGGUGAACGAGGACAGGCAAGCCACGGCCUGCACUGUGAUGUGAUCGGGGCUUUGCCGAUAUGUCGAUUUUCCCAUGACAGAGGGAUGGUUGGCGGUCAAUAGGAGCGGAGACAGACAGACAGACAGACAGGCAGCGGGUUUUUCGUCGCUGCCCGUCUGCUUGCAUGGUGCCUCUGUAUGCGUUCCCCUGGCUGCAUGCUGCGCAUGUCUCUCUGGUGAGGCAUGGCGUGACGUAUGUCUGUGUUGAUGGAACACGUGAAUGAAUGCGCCCCUUCGCCAGCUGCUGCCCCUGCCCAGUCGCUGAGGCGCACGCAUGGCGAGAUCUCGCCGCAGGAAGAAGUGUGAGACUUGAUCUGUUCCAUGCACAUAUGUGAUUAGAUCAGCCUUCUGUGUUGUUGCCCCACGUGGGCAGUCAGUGAGUGAGGUUGGCUGGCCAGUUGGUUGUCUGCGAGGGGGCGGGUGCCUUGUCAUGUGGCCGGAUGGAUGGAUGGAUGUGUGGACACGACAAUCGCAUGGAUGGAUGGAUGGACACCUGUGGACAGAGGGUGGUGUGGUGGUGUCAUCCAUCGGUCGACUGAAGCUCUGCGUGUCUUGCGAUGAGAGAGCUGUGAUUCAAUCCAAGAAGCUGGCAG